GCCGAGUAUUCAAUGUUUUCAGCUGGUUGUUUGCUUCAGUUUCAACAACAAUACGUGAAAUUAUUCUGGAGAUUUACGGAAGACGGGAAAUACAUAGAGUGGGAUGAAUAUCAUUUAAGACUUUUACAUCGGUCAGCUGAUACCUUACAUCAUGAAAUACUAUAGACAUAUCUAUUUGUGAAAGGAGAGACGUCCUGAUAAUUUGAAUUAUGGAAGGAGAUAUAGAGUAUUUUGACUUGCCCUUAAGACACCAUAAUAUCUGUUUACAGUGGAUCUGAUCAAGAAUGAAACAAAAAUUGAUACAAAAACCUUGAUUUAUUGAUUGCAAUGGGGGGAAGCACUUCCACUUUAGAGCAGAGUUCAUCGGAACCAACCCUUGUGCGUGUGCCUCGAUACACCCUGGAGGAGAAGAGGAAAAAACAAUCAAAAUUCAACACCCUUAAGAAAAAGCUCUCAAGGAGUAAAAGUGGUUUCAAGAGCCAUGAUCAUGGAAAAAUGCUACGAGAGUUGACACAAACAUGGACAGUUCAGGAGAUCAAUGCUUUAGUUGAAGAAUAUGAAGCAAUGAUGAAUGUAAAAGAACUAAAAAAUCAGACCAAUCUUGUAAGGCAAUCUGCGCCAAGUUUGAAGAAAGACCUUUUACGGCUUCUGGAAGAAGGGAUUUGUGCUGACACAACACUUAUAUUUGAGAACACUCAAUUCCAUGUCCACAAGGCUAUUCUUACGUGUAGAUGUCCUUAUUUCAAGGAUCUUUUAUCACAGCAUACAGAGCAGCAUCCUGUUAUUCAAAUGGAGUUUAAAACGGAAGGAAUGACUACAGAAAUUUUUUCGGCUCUGCUAUGUUACUUGUACACAGGAGAUUUUAUGACAAAAAAAUCAGGCUUAGAAUACAUUGAUGUUCUAAUAAAUUUGGGUGAAGAGUUUGGCACACCCAAUGUUUUGGAACAGGAUUUAAACUUGCUUUUCAAAUGUGGUGAAUAUGCUGAUGUCGCCUUUGUUUUUCCUGCUCAAGACUCUUCGGACACAUACGUGGCUGCAGAUGGCAAUGCAAUUUCUGAUCAGACAUAUGAGAUUUUGUGCCAUAAAGCUGUUCUUUGUGCAAGAUCACACUACUUUAGAUCACUUUUGCUCAAAUCUGACUUGGGGUCUAAUGAUUAUCUAAAGACAGGCUCUGGAUUGAAAAGACUUGUUUUAGAUGAAUCAGUGAUAACUAGGCAGUACACUCGCAUAGCUUUACAAUGCAUGUACACCGACUCUGUGGAUCUGUCGUCUGUAGUUAAGUGGAGCUCUGAGGACAGGAAAUAUUGUUCACCCAGAACUCAUAAACUUUUGACAUCAGCAGAAAUUGCCAUGGAAGUAUUUGAAGUGGCAAGCUUUAUCGACUUACCAGUACUGAUCCAAGGCUGUGAAGACAUCAUCUUGGAGGAAUUAUCUCCGUCCACUCUUCUGCCAACGCUGGAAUGGAGUUCCCUCCCUCAUGGAUCUGACUGGGUCUACAGGCAAGCCAUGCACUUCCUACAGGAAGAAUUUGUCAACAUCGCUCAAUCUGACAUGUUUACUCUGAUGCCAAGGAAGUAUUUGAUAGAGGCACUGAAAUCUGAUUUCUUGCAGGCAUGUGAACACAAUGUUCUACUGUCUGUCAUUAAAUGGGGUGAGGCACAGGUCAUUCGUCAAAUGAAUGAACAAGAUCCAGUCCAGGACAACAAAAAGAAUGCUAAGCGACGUGACAUCGAUAACAAACAGUUGAAGAGGGUUCUAGCAGGCGUUAUCGAACAUGUGCGAAUUGGUCACGUGCUUCCCCCGCACAGCGAGCUCCUGGACGGGGUGUUCCGCAGGGGUCUUGUUGACCGGGGCAUGCCCCUGGAUAUUGGCGAAGGAAAUUUUUAUCCCAAUCUGCCUUGGAUGAGGAGAAGAGAAGAGAAGGACUUUGUUAGACCAAGGCUCUUCUUGCCUUACUUUGAAGAAGCAAAGGCCAUCCUUGAGGAACACAAAGAAGCGGAAAAAGAACUGAUCAGAAAUCGUAUGUCACGUGUACCACACAACAUGCCUGACACAUUGUAUAUGGUGGAAUCGCACAAACGAACCUACACUGCGCCAGCGAUCUUCUUCGCCUCUUCGGCAGCGGGUAGAUUGGAACGAGACGAACGACGUCCAUCAGUGGGUUUGGGCUCUAAUAGGGAUGGAAAUGAGUUGGAGAGAUACAUGAGAUGUGGAGGAAUGAACGAAGGGUCUCCCGAUGAAAGAGAACCUGCAGUUAGUGGCACGCCAGUUACAGGGAGAGAGUUUGCUCUCCCGGAUGUAGCCAUGGAGGCGCCUUCAUGUAUUCCGGAUGAUUACCUGCACAGAGGAGCGGGCCCUUCUGCCGAGAUAUACCCAGUACCAGAUGUUGCCCUGCCUUCCUCUCCUACGUCCAGUGUGUCUUCGUCCUCUGGUGGAGUUCCCCCGGAAUAUUUUCAUAUGGACCAUUUGUUGGAAUCUUUAGAUGAUGACGGAACAAGUGAAAGUAGCUGACACUAUGUGGUUAAAACUCAAAUUGCCGUCAUUUUUAACCAGCAACCAAAUUAAUAUUGUCUCUUACUUUCCAACAAGUGUUCCCAAUCCUUGUCAAGAUAAAUUUAACCAAAGGUGUUAUCUUGUGGCACUCGAGUGAAUCCUGCUGGACUCCGAUUGUUCGUCGAGCUCGGUUCUUAAACUUUGAAAGCCCUUGAAAACAGAAUAAUAUCCUUUAUUCAACAAUAUUGAACGAAGAUUGCGGAUAUUGUAUGCAGCGACAGUCGGGAAAAAAAAAGCGUGAUUCCAUACACCUACUGAUUGACGAGAUUUGACUCGAUUGUCUUGCCCGACAACUGACGCAAAUUUAGGGGAAGUGAUAACCUUUUGGUUUUAAAAUUAAUAAUUUCAUUUCCAGGUCUAAAAAUUUGCAUGCCAUAGACACUGACUGGAAUGAAUUUUUGUAAGAAGAACAAAACAGAAAUAUUUCGAUGUAAGAUUAAAAAAGUGAGUCUUUAGAGAAGCCGCGGAAGUCAUAGAAUCCUGAGAGAUAGAGACAGCACGAUCCAUAUUCAGUGAUUCAUAUGUACCUUCUUAUCAAACAAACAGGUAACAAGCAAACUUAUCUGGUAGAAGUUGUUAUCCUGAUCUGACACCAAAUCCUCGUAACUUAUUUACUAGAAAAUGUGUACCAGCUAGUGAGGAGAAUUAACCAUCAGAUCUUGGAAAUCAAAAUGGUAAGGCUCUGCAGUCCCACAGAAACUUUGAUUUCCGUUUAAUAAGUCAGGCAGUAGUUAGCUUGCCCGUGAAACCAGGCCACUUUGAGAGGUCUCAUUCGCGAGCUGGCGGGACAAGACAUCAAUGUGUCUGAGAAUGUACUUGAUCUUUUAAACUUAAAAACAAAGUUAUUAUCAUGUCAAUAUUUCAGUUUCGUAUGAAAACUUUGGAUCAAUGUUAGUAUCUGAGCAACUGUCCACCUACCCCUCCCCUAACCCAGCAUCGACACUAAAUUGUUAGCAAGUGACUGUCGUUGGGUUAGGGGAGGGGUAGGUGCGAAGUUGCUCAGAUACUGACAUUGAUUCAAAGUUUGACAAUGUGGUAAAGAGAGUAAACACAGGUUGAAUUGGUAAAUUGAACGUGGUCGGGGCUUCUUCGCUUAGCUAAUUACACUUCACUUAUUUUUAUAGUUUUGUAUUGUUAUUUUUCAUAUUUGUCGUUGAUUACUUUCUGAAGACAUUUUAAUAUUGCUACUAAAUCCUACAAUAUCUUAAAAAUUUAGAGGGUAUGCAUGGAUUUUAAAAAAAUUGAA